UAGAACCACUUACAUAAAAAUAUUUGUUUUUUUAACAAAUGCACAGAGCGCCUAUUUCACUUUAGCGCUAAAAAACCACAUAAAUACAUUAUUUUUGACUUUAUACAUAAAAACCUAUUAAGUUUUUUUGAUCUUUUGACAAUCGCAUGAGCGAAUGGUGGUGUCUGCCACAAAUAAAUCUAACAAAUUUUGUUUGAAUUGACAAAAUUUUCACAAUUUGUUUUAAUUUUUUCUUUGAACUGUGAACAAAUCUAAAAAACAAGAAGAAUAAAAUUAUGUACAAUGUGAAAAUGACUCAUAUGUCAGAAAUGUAAUCGCAAGAGGUAUAAAUAGAGUAUAGACCACCAACCGGUAUUAAGUUGAAAACAAAAUAAUUCAUAAAAUUAAAACAAAUCAAUUUAAACUUAAAAAUCAAAAAAUUUUUUUUUAAAAAAACUAAUGGCAGACCCACGGUUAAAACAGAUUACUAUUAAAACAGGUGUUUUAAAGAGACUUGCUAAAGAAGUUACAGUUUAUCAGAAAGAAGCUGACGUGCAAAAGACAAAAGUAGAAAAGUUAAGAGAAGCAGAUCCGCAAGAUGAAUACAUGCUUAAAAAACAAGAAGAAGUUUUACAAGAAUGUUUAAUGAUGAUUCCUGAUUGUCAAAGGAGAGUCAAGAAAGCAUAUGAAGAACUUAAGGAAUUGCUUGAUAAUGAAAAGGAACUCAAUGAAACCAAACAAUAUACGUCAGCUAUAGAAGUUUUAGAAACUGUAAAAGAAACAAUAUAAUUUUGCACAAAACAUCUUUAGACUUAACCAUCUUUGAAUCAGCACUUAAUUUUAAAUACAGGCACAUAAAUACAAAAAAAUUUAAUCGUACAAUUAAUAGAGGUGAAAAAGUAAAAGCCAUAUUAUUCUUCAUUCCAAAAUUUAAUCAUUUUCUGUUUAGCUGUCUAAUUCUUUCAAAUUUUUCUAUACAUUUAGUUUAUAGUCUAU